UGACGUUUUUCUUUUUCGGUAUCGUGGUGUUGUUUUCAAGUCACCCAUGUGAGUUUUUUUAGUAAAUAAAUAAUAAAAAAUGACUAUCGUAAAAAAGAAAAAACGUGUCUCCAAAAAAAGUAAAACCGCUUGGCGAAAACACUGCGAUAUCACCGAUGUAGAGGCGUUUUUAGAAGACCAACGGUUGGAAGAAAGACUUGGCAAGUUUGAAACAAAACCCGAUGCAGAAUUGUUUGUGCUUGACACUAAAGGCAAUGAACUUGAGAUCAAAGAGGAUGUUAAACCAGACAUAAAGCCCCUGUCCGCUAAGCAACAGAAGAGGGCGAAGUUAGCAGAAACACCAAAAUGCUUUGAGGUGCUUUUGCCUCGAUCUAAGGUUCCAGAUCCCAAUGCAAAACGCAACACUGUCAAAAAAGUAGGAUCCAAGGCUACAGAUCUAUCAAAAUUGUCCGAAAAGCGACAACUGGCCAAGGGUAUAUUACAGAGGAAAUUAGAACUAAUGAAGAAGGAUAAAAAGUUAGCUGUAGAAAAAAGAAAAAAAGCACAAAGUGUGAGAGAGACAUAUGAUAAGAAUAUUUGGGAGCAAGAUGACCUGGAAUCGAAAGGCAUACCAGAGACAUUAGUCGACGACUUCAUCUCCACAGAAGCACAACUCCACAAUGUACCCAUUACUAGGAGGCUCAGAUCAAAGCCUCCACCACCUAAAACUGUAGUGACUAGAGCCGCUGUGGAAGUCCCACACCCUGGAGUCAGCUAUAAUCCUUCUUUCAAGGAGCAUCAAGAACUACUGCAAGAGGUGGUUCAACAUGAGCAGAAGAUGAUGAAACGCGAAGCGCAUUUAUACCGGGUCACUACCGGACUCUUCAGCAAGGUCACUCCUAAGGAGAAAGAGGAGAAUUGGCGCGAGGAGAUGAGCGCAGGGUUGCCGCAACCACACAACCCGGCCACCGACCCCGACCCGGAAGACGAGCCCGCCGACAACGAGUACAAGGCCGUGAACCCGCCCGUGCAGAACAAGAAGAAGGACCACAAAACCAGAAGGAAGCAGAAGGAGCGGCUCGCAGAACGAGAGGUGCUUAAGCGGAAGAAGAUCGACAAACAGAAGAUCACAGAUAUUUACAAGCUGCGUAAAAUCCAAGCCUCCGUGUCCAAGAAAGAAGAACUCGAUGCGGAGUCUCGCGUGAAGCGCACCUCGAAGCGCUUACAGCACGCCGCAACAGCGCUGCCGGCGCUGAAUGCGCACAAAACCCCCGUCAGGGAGCCCGAAUUCGUGGAUCCCAAGCUGCUCACGGGGGACUUGAGGAAAAUAUCCGGAUCGGGCAAUCUUCUCCGCGAUCGCUUCCAGUCGCUCCAGCGCCGCGGAGCUCUCGCCGCCUCCAAGAUCAUGAUGACGAAGCGGAAGAAGCUAAAGAAGUACUUCAAGCCCGGCCACAAGGUCACCGACCAAGAUGUUGAUAACUUCCUCAAGAGAUCCGCCGCCAAGGAUCAUUAAAUUCUAUUUUAAGAAGAAUAAAGUUGAUUAUAUUGCA